AUGCCGCCUGUCAACCCGGAGCUCAGGAGACAAGUCAUUGCCAUUUACAAAGGUAUGCCAGCUGCUCCUCUCACGCCCUAUCUCACCCGCACAGAUAAGCCACGGGGAUCGUUUCUUAAACCUCCCGUCCUUGAAACACUUCUCGGCUUCAACGUAUAUGUGCCCACACAAGCAAAACAGCUAAUUGGCUCACCAUCUUCUAUAGAACUUCUCUACCUAGGCAGAGAGUACCCUCUGGGCUACGACUACUUCCGGCCGCGGCUGCACAAGGCCUUCAUGGCCAAUGCGGAUCUGCGCGACGAGGAGCAGAUACGGAAGGGUCUGGAAAGGGCAGAUUUUGUCAGGAAAGGUGAGAUUUUGUACCUUUCAACUCAUCACACAGAGCAGCCUUGUGGUCAGAAUCAAACUUGGGAAAUGCCUUCUGACGAGAAUUCUUUGCAUUGCACAGAAAUCGAGGCGUUGUAA